AUGGUGCUGGCCAUGGCAUCUCAGGAUGCUCACAACUUCUUCCAGCCUUUCUCUUCCUGGAUAUCUCGCAUCUACGAAGCUCUCCAGCAGGCAGGAGAUACCUUGUCAGCCUCGCUGGUUAGCUUAAGCAAACAAGACUCUAACCUGAGUGGACAGCCGGCCCAGGACUUUGAUGAGGUUCAGAUUCAGGAAACUUAUUACGAAGACGAAGAACAAGACAACGAUUGGAGUCAAGAGGAUGCAAAUUCCUUGUUUCUCGAAGUGGAACAUGUCUCAUGUUGUGAGAGUGAUUUGCAGGACUCUGCCCAAAGUUCAGGCCCCAGAGUUAACCCAAAUGCAAAGGGCUCAUGUUCUGUAACGUCCCAGUGGCCCGACCAGACCCUGGAUGACCAUAAGGUAGCACAUGGACUUUCUUCUAUUGCUGAGGAAGAAUGUUACCCUGAAAAGCAAAGAUGGGACCUUCAACACAGCUUUGAUAGCCAACUCCCUGCUACGUUAGAAAAUGUGAACGGAAAAAAUCAAGAUAACAGCUUUGGGGAUGAUGAGGAGCUGUCCACAUCUUCUGGCAGCGACGAGGAGGUGAUCAAACAAUUUGAGAUUUCUGUGUCCCGGUCCCAGAGUUUCCGUGCAGGGACCUCUGAGGAAGGAAAGCAGACAGGACUGGAGCAGAAACAGAAAUUCCACCAUUUGCCCUCUAACCGUGAAGAAGAUAGCACCGCAGUGUCUGCCUAUGAAGAUUUGGAUGGAGCCAGCCAGCUAAGUUAUCCUGAGAUUCCGUCAUAUGGUGAAGAUUCCCCCAUCACUGCCCGCUCACAGUCCUCAUGUGAAACAGGGGAUACCAGGCGCCAUGGUGCAUCUAGCCAAGAGACACGCGUGGCCCGAAGCCCCAGUCGCCAGUCCGCAGAGGGAAGCUUGGAGAGGGACACAGCUUUCAAUACCCAGGAACUGGAGGAUCCCUACGCCACCGACAGCUCUUCCAUGUGGAGUCCAGAGGAACAGGAUGAAACCAGUCUACAGGUGCCAUCUGGGAUUGCAGAGCCCAUCUCAAAGUGUGGUGACCUUGAUGUCGUCUUUGAAUAUAGAGCCGUGAGCCAGAAACUCACAGUCACGGUUGUGAGAGCACAGGGUCUCCCGGAUAAGGACCGAAGUGGUGUGAACUCCUGGCAAGUUCACACGGUGCUGCUGCCUAGUAAGAAACAGAGGGGCAGGACGAGCAUACAGCGAGGGCCCAACCCCAUCUUCAAGGAGAAGGUCACCUUCACCAAGCUGGAGCCCAGAGAUGUGGCUGGCUGUGCUGUCCGCUUCCGCCUGUACGCUGCCCACAAGAUGACCCGAGAGAGAAUGAUGGGAGAGAAAUUAUUCCAUCUCAGCCACCUGCACCCAGAAGGGGAAAUGAAAGUGACUCUGGUUCUGGAGCCAAGAAGUAAUAUAAGUGGUGGAGAGUCUCCGCUCAGCCCUUCUGCAGCUUCUCACCGUGACAGUGCCCCAUCCACACAGUUGCUGGCUCACGGAGGGGCACCAGAGCUGCUGGUGGGGCUGUCGUACAAUGCCACAACAGGGCGACUAGCUGUGGAGAUGAUCAAAGGCAGCCAUUUCCGAAACCUCGCCCUUCACCGAGCGCCUGAUACAUACGGAAAACUCUUCCUCCUCAAUUCUGUGGGUCAAGAGAUGUCCCGUUGCAAGACAUCCCUUCGGCGUGGCCAGCCCAACCCUGUCUACAAGGAGACCUUUGUGUUCCAGGUGGCCCUCUUUCAGCUGUCUGAUGUCACCUUGAUGGUUUCCAUUUAUAACAGGCGUAGUAUGAAGCGUAAAGAGAUGAUUGGCUGGAUCGCUCUGGGCCAAAACAGCAGUGGAGAGGAGGAACAAAACCACUGGGAGGAGAUGAAAGAGAGCAAAGGCCAGCAGAUCUGCAGAUGGCACUCUUUGCUGGAAUCCUAG